AUUAGAUUAUUGCUAAUGCUGAUUCAAUCCUUUCCUGCAAAGUUCACCUGACCUCGCCAGAGGCUGAGCUAAGUGACAAAAGCUAGUAAGGAGGGAUCCAGCUACCACCUCACACCAGCCCCAGAAAAAGGCAGGGGGCAUGUGGUGAGCAGAGAAAAGGCAAGACAGAAUCUCCUGGGAGAUGCAAAACAAGCUGCCUGGAUUGCCAGGACUAGUGGUGACACGCGCCAGACAAAGGACCUGCAACUCUAUAAAUGAGGCAGCCGGGACCUGCGCUAGGCUGACUCCGGUAAGAGCAAGCUCUGUGGCCAACCACUGGAAAAGCAGUCGGGAAAGAAUCACAGGAAGCGCUUGAUUUUGCUGCCUCUUCGCCCCCUGACCAGGCUUCCAGAGGCACAAGUACAGAAAACACCUUAAGAAUGACAAGGAAGAUCUUCACUAACACCAGGGAGAGGUGGAGGCAGCAAAAUGUCAACAAUGCCUUUGCCAAGCUGAGGAAGCUAAUUCCCACCCACCCACCUGACAAAAAACUGAGCAAGAAUGAGACACUCCGGUUGGCCAUGAGAUACAUCAACUUCCUCGUCAAGAUCCUGGGAGAGCCAGGCCUGCAGCAGACAGCAGUGGCAGCUCGGGGCAACAUCCUGGGAUUCUUCCAGCAAGCUCCACACUUGCAGAGCAUGGAAGAGCUGACACUGAUUGAAAACUGUGGUGUCUCCUGUCCUGGCAUGAGCAGCAAUAUAGUAGAGUGUUGGUCAGAGGCAUCAUCUCUCUAGCAGACAAUGAGAUGCACAGUCUUGAUGUUAGUGUGAUAGUGCCUCUCUCCUGGCAGAAUCUGUGUGUUGCUCUUCUGUGUAUUGUGGUUAUUUAUUUAUAUUUAUUGCUAUUUAAUUUGCAUUUUUAUUUAAUAAGAUAAGAAAUCCUUGGUCGUGCAAAAACCUGGAAGUCCUGAUGGAGAACUUUCAGUCUCUGAGCAGAGGACUCACUGCUGUCAUGGCAGAGUCCAAGCCAGAAGAGUCCUCUGCCCAGAUCUGCUCCAUAAAUCAGGGCAUAGAAAUUCCUUCAGUGUUUCUGACAGGGAAAGAGAUUAUUAUGGGAGAAGACAGGGAAAGAGAUUAUUAUUAUUAUUAGCAUGGGAGCAUGCUAUUUCAAGGAAACACUACUGAGAUGGAGAAUUAUAACAGCAUCACAAAAUUUGUCCACAACAGACACCUGGCCUUGUUAGUGAAAGAUUUUGAGAGAUGUGAUAUUUGACACAGUCCUCCAUGAGUUUUUGUAGGGCCUAAUUGCACUCAUUCUUGAGCUUGUGAAUCUUAUUCUUGAUUUUUUUUUUUAAUGUAAGUCCUAGCCCUUGAACCUGGCUACAUCUUUCUUCAUCAUACUGGGGGCGUCCCUUAUGUCAGAGCAAAGCACAUUAAACAAAAUUAAAUGUUAAGUUAAAGCAAAAAGUGCCAAUUUAAAAUGACAAAAUCAUGGUCAUAGAUGAGUUUCAGUGGGUUCAAUAGGCAAAGUAAAUCUUCCCCAUAGCAGUGAGAGCGUGAGUGUGACAGAAGAUGGUCACCUAUGCUCCAGCUGCCUGAAAACCCUAUCAAAGAGGUUGGUGAUUCAAUGCCUUUGCUCUUCUGUAGGUGCUGUAGCAAUGGGAGAAGAGGAGGGAGGGAGGACAAAGGACAGGGAGGUCCCAGGACAAAGGCUUCAGUGAUGCACUGUGAAAACCUUUGUGGACAAAAAUAUAUAGAUUGUUAUGCAUGCAUACCUCGCUGACUGCCCCUAAACUCCCUGCCUUCACCUGCUCCAGCUGAGGUUUUCCUACCUGGACACUGUCCCAAAUGGACUAAUGGAGCAAGGACCAAGACAUUGGAGUAAAUAUCUUCCAUUUGUGAGUCAUUUCCCUGCAAGAAAACCACCAACCAUCACACUGUAGGUGUUUACAUUAUAAGCUGCAUGAAAAGAGGUUUCAUGAAAGUGGCCACUGUGGGUUGCUGCUGCCCACAGAUAAUUCCAACUUAAUUUCCAGACCGAGUUAUAACCUGUGCCAGCCAAAGCCUGGUCUGCUCAUGUGACUUAUGAGCAGCCCAAAGCACCAGAGAAAAAUGGGACUAGGUUUAACUAGAAUGGCUUUCUGGUGACAUCCUGCCCCCAAUGACACAAGUGACUCUUGAUUUCCAUGUGGAUCAAGGUACAUGUCAAGCCUUGGAAAAGAAAAUUGUUCACGACUGGUGAACAAAAGUAGCUCCCAUAGGCCAAAGCAUUUCCCUGGGCUGUUUCUGUUUGUUCAUGAGACAAAGAGGUGCUUUCAGAAAGCAGAACUAGGGUUUGUGCAUGCAGCAUGUACAGCCUUUCUGCAUGAGGGGAUUUGGCACCUGAAGCUGACCUGCCUUUCAAAGCCUCACCAAGAACCAGGUGCACCAAAGAAACCAGGGCUGGCUCCCACUAUGGGAAUGUUGAGCUGCCUUCAGCAUUGACAAAAGCAAGGUCUGACAAGAACACAGCUCACCCCAUCCAGUGCUGGUGCUGUAAGGUGAACAGGUAUGCCAGUGAACAGAUUUUGACCAAAAGAAAGAAAAAAAAACCUGAAAGGGUUCAUGUUGAUUUGGUUUCCUUUCUGAACACUGCUAAUAAUUUGCUUAUCCCUGGGUUUGUGAGCUGUCAGGAUGGCCCUGGGGAGCAGCUGAGUGAAAAGGCCCCCAGAGUCCUUUGUAUGGUUUGUUUCUCCCCACCUCUGCCCACCUUAAUAUUGACUAAAUGGAGGCACAGACUCUCCUGCAUGGCACCUCAAAGGUAAUGAGUUGCAUCCUCCUCCCAGCUUUCCGCUGGCUUGCUGGAGUUGCAGCAGGACAAAUUAGACCAAGUAAAUCAGAGCACUUCCCGCUGAGGCGUGGUAGUGCUGUUGGAUCUAUCAGUCACUUGCUAUCCUAGGAAACACACAUCACCAAGGUGGAGAAAAACAUCUUGUGAGCAGCUGUCAUACUGGGAGGGAGAAAGAAAAUCUGGCAGUUUUUUAACAUAACAUGCUUGCUGUAUUUUCUGUAUGCUUGCUGUAUAUUUGCUGUAAAAUCCUUGCCUUCUUGUUAUUGCUUAGGUUCAUAUCACCUUUUUCUUUGAUCUCCUUUCAGUUUAGGGGCUCCCCACUGUCAUAUUCAGCAAGUAUUUCCCUAGAUCUCUCUGCCAAAGAUUUCUUUUUUUGGUCAAGUUUCUUCUUUGUGUUUUGGGGAUUUCUUAUCUGUGUCAUCAUGAACAAAUACAGUGCAACUGGUAACACUUCGUGCUAUAUGAUAUUAUUUAACACCUAU